UGCUAAUUGGCUGCGAAUGGUUUGAGAGUGUGGGCUCUGAAUUUAGGAGGCAGGUUGAAGGUUUGCAAUGAAGGAGGAACAUAAACCACUUUAACUCCCGACAUGGCGUGUUAAGAGCAUAGCUUUAGUGGUGUAUUUUUUAUGGUUAGGGCCUGUAUGGAAUUUCCGUCAGUGGUCGAAAGUGGAUUUAAAUAGUUUUAUUUCAGUUGGAUUAACUGAAGCGCAACAUGGCACAGGAAAGGUUUUUGAGAUUUCUGCUGUCUGCGGUGGUUGCUUCCCAUCUUCUACACAUUGCAGCAGGUUGCGAUGGAUCAGGAUGCAACAUAAAGAUACUCGCUGGGAAAACCACCGAACGCGCUGAGUACCUGAACCAAUUUAAUGAAAUGAACUCUCUGUCUGGGGAACGAAAACACCAAGAUGCGGAAUCCGUUAUUCCAUUUGUUGGCCUCACUGGAAGUGCAAAGCAAAGCCGAAGUUGUUGUCAGAAUGGGGGAACCUGUAUUUUGGGCAGCUUUUGCGCUUGUCCGAAGCACUACACUGGAAGAAGCUGUGAAUAUGAUGAGCGCAUCAGAAACUGUGGUGUCAUUCCUCAUGGAGAAUGGGUACAGAAAGGCUGUUCAUACUGUAGGUGUGGGUACGGCAUGCUUCACUGCUUCCCUCAAGUCUUUCAGGACAACUGUGAUGACUCACAGGAAGUUGUGUGGCUUCCUUCGUAUGGAACCAGAAUACAGCGGCCAGAGUACUUAUUGUGUCUAGCACUGCUUGUGCUUGUCUUCAUUUGAUCUGAGGACAUUUACUGGUUUAAUUCCUGAAACAAUCUAAUGCAUGUUAAUCAGGCCAACCUGAAGUCCAUAUGUGGCAUUACCUACCACCUGCCAACUGGAUGCAACAUGUACUUUUAGGAAUCAUGAACCUGCAGAACUGAAAUGCAGAUUUCUUCCAGUGGAAGUCUAUAUGUCCUUGUUGCGUGAUGCAAUUUUUAUCUGAUGUAGCUAUGUAAAUAAGAUUUAAGUGGAAAUAUAAAUUUUAUCUUUGUUCUGUGAAUCCUUUCUGGUUUUAUAGGUUUUUUUGUUUUUGUUUUUUUAAAUCAAACCGUGUACAGUUUUAUUGAAAUAGAAUCAACCUGUUUGGUACAUAUGUUUCUGUCAAGUCCACAGCUUGAUGUAUUUUGUUUAGAUUUUGAUGCAACUUUUUGCAUUUUGAAUUUUUUGUUUCCGUUGUCGAGAUGACAAAGGGAACCUUGAUACUGGCUUUGUGAAAAGUGGGGUUAAAUUAAUAUCCCUUUUGCACUGUACAUCAUCAAAGUGUACUCAUGGCCUUGUUCAUUUUAAAUUUGUGUGUGUGUAGAUAUAACAGCUGUCUAGUCAGUGCCUCGCCUUCUCAGUGUGAUUUUAUUUUUAUUUUUUUUAAAGUCUUUUUUGAUGUUUUAUUUGGUUUACUUAUUUUACAAACUUACAUGCAAUUUGUUACAGGUUAUUUGAUGUCUAAUGGUUGGUAGCAGUUGCCUUUUGUAAUCAAGUCCCUGCUCUUUACUUUUUUAAACAUUGCAAAUUAAGUUUACUGUCCAAGUAACCGUAUAAACCUGGACCAAAUGGGAGAUUUGAUUAUGCCUUUAUUUCUGUUAUAAAAAUAAAAAGGCUGCUUUCUGUUCAUUUUGAA